AUGUCGACACAAGAUCCCAAUGCUGGUGUGCCUAUACAAGUCAGACCUGAAAGCCAGCUCGAGCAUUAUCGUCUUCUGGAGUUGCCGGCGGACUUGCUUGCACUCCUGACUUCAGAUCGACCACCAGUUCUACACUUGAAGUCCCGGGAAGAUGCAGACGGCACAGCGAAAGAUGCGAACGCAGUCCUCUGCACUUCAGACAAGACCUACGACAUUCGCCAAGUCAGCCACUCCAACACAGUCUAUCUCACUCGACCACAUGAGCUUCCCGUUGACAACGGCGGACCACCUCGAGCUGGCAUUGAAGCAAUAGCGAAAUGCGAGUCCACAAUCGAGUUGCUCCCAUCAGCGACGCAAUCCGCCGCUCCCUAUAUCAAAGCAGCUCUUCCGGUCUUCUCCUCCACAGGCAACUACUCAUCACAAAAGAACAUAUCCAAAGCGGAGCUGUUCUCACACAUCCCCCUUAGUGAAGUAGAAUGCGAGAUAGGAUGGUCAGAGCUCGCAUGCUUCGAGUCGACAAAUCCACCAGGCAGCUUUGUGCCCAGCGGCAAAGUCAAAGCACAAAUCUGGGACGCAGCUUUCACCGUCGCCGUGGCUGAGCGAACAGACUUGGCUUUACCAUUCUCCGCGAGCGACAUACCCAACUAUGCUACCGAGCUCACGCAAGAGUGGCCAAGCGAACUCGUGGCCGCCGUCUUUGCCGGUGUCUCAAAACCAUCAUCAGAGGGAACCCUUGUCGUCGACAAGGAGAAAUGCAUUCGCUUCGUCGGCAUCGCCCACCUUUCAGCCAAAUCCGAAGGCCGACCAACAGACACAAAAGCAUUCCUCAAAGCAUGGAAAGACGCCGUGCCCGAAGAGUGGCGACCAGACUGCCAGCUCUCUGUCCUUAAGGGCUCCUACACCACCCAAGACGCCGGCAGCACGAUAACCAGCACCACCAGCACCAUCGACGCCAAAGGCGCCAUCGCCAACACAGCCGACGAAGCAAAAUCCUCCCUCGGCGCAAAGCGAAAAUGGCACGAAAAAUUCCGCGCAUCCAAGAAAUCAUGA